UGGACCCUGGUCCUCUAUGAGCACACUACAUGUGCCCAGCCUGCUGCCUCUGUGGCCCCCAGCUCCACUCUUGAUUGACUUUGGAUGUCAGCUCAGAGGGGCACAGGAGUUUUAAGGAAGUCUCAAUUUUUUUAAAUUUAUUGUGCUUUUUUUUUGUCAAUCUGUCAAUCUGGGGCUGUUAGCUGAUGACAUGAUGACUGCCAAAACUAUAGAGAAAAUCCCAGUGACUAUUGGUGGAUUUGUGCAUCAGAUGCCAGAGGCUUUUUACCCUGUGGAUGAGUCUUCAAUGCCCACCUCUGUCACCAUCUUCCCUAAUGUCGAUCCAUUUGAACAGAUGACUGGAGAUGGCAUGAUCAAUGUGGACAUGAACGGUGACAAGAGGUCCCUGGAUCUAUCCUACUCCAGCGGCUACCCCACUGCUCCUCGCAACCAGACCUUCACCUAUAUGGGCAAGUUCUCCAUUGACCCCCAGUACCCAGGGGCUAGCUGGAAUCCGGAGGGCUUCUUUAACAUCGUCAGUGCCGGCAUCCUGGGAGUGACCCCCUCUUCAUCAUCCUCCACAACUUCUUCCAACGCCUCCUCCCUGUCCCCCAACCUGAGCUGCAGCAUGGCGCACAGCCAGAACGACCUGGAGCACAUGUACUCCCCCCCUCCGUACUCCAGCUGUGCCGAGAUCCCCGUCUACCAGGACAGCUCGGCCUUCCUCAGCACGGGCGCCCCUCUCUCCUACCCACCGCCUUCCUAUCCUUCCCCCAAACCAGCCUCGGACGGCCCCAUAUUCAACAUGAUGCCGGAGUACCCACCUCUCUUCCCAAACACCUGCCAAAGAGAUCUGCACCCCAUGACAGACCGCAAGCCCUUCCCGUGCCCCUUGGACUCCAUCAGGGUGCCCCCUCCUCUCACCCCUCUGUCCACGAUCCGCAAUUUCUCCCUAGGGGGCGCCACCAACGAGGGAUCCCGGCUCCCCAGUGCCUACAGCCCCCCAAAUCUUCCUCUGCGACCCAUCCUCAGACCCAGGAAAUACCCCAACCGCCCGAGCAAGACUCCGGUGCACGAGAGACCCUACCCGUGCCCGGCGGAAGGCUGCGAUCGCCGCUUCUCCCGAUCUGAUGAACUGACCAGGCACAUUCGCAUCCACACCGGCCACAAGCCUUUCCAGUGCCGCAUCUGCAUGAGAAACUUUAGCCGCAGCGACCACCUGACGACGCACAUCCGCACCCACACGGGGGAGAAGCCUUUCGCCUGCGACUAUUGCGGCAGAAAGUUUGCCCGCAGCGACGAGCGCAAGCGACACACCAAGAUCCACCUGCGACAGAAGGAGAGGAAGAGCUCGGCGAGCGGAGCGACGGCGGCACCUAGCGGUAGCACGGGGAACGACCGCUCGCUCGGCCUCAGCCCUUGCUCCGCAGCUUCCUCCAGCAGCGCUCAGAUGGGACUGUGUCCUAACAGGACAUCAUAGGAGCAAAGGGACAAUCAUAGGGAUUACUAUCACUGCCAUUCCAGGGCCAGCACCACUAUACGUAGAGUUACUGGGACUCAGACUGGAAGAUGCUGGCUCAGGUACUGCCUGUAGACUUGCCAUGUCAGGCAGAGAGGAGUGGAUGCUGCUCUCAGUGUGACAGCCAUUGUGUUGUGGAGAGAGUCUGUUCCGUGUUCCAUCAGUGUUCACUCUGUACUUUACAGCACUGGUCCUAUAGGAGACUGCUAACUAGCCAGAUGUAUACAGGGAGGGCCCCAUCUGUAAAGACCAGCACUACAGUGUCAGUGGCCCAGUCUAUGGCAGCGCAGCCAUGACUAAGCCCCAGGCUAGGUGCGUUUGUGGCCAUGAUCAGCAACCAAAAGUUCUGAUCUAACCAAUCUAUCAGACGUCAUCUUAAAAAUGGAGGCGGUACAGAUGGAAAUGAUUUUCGCCAAAGUCGGUACACGGAUGCAGUUAGGGGUGGUUUUCACGCGCAGCCGUUUCUUGGUGCAGUUUUUGACACUUUUAUUUAGACGCGAAACAAAAAGUAAUGGGAAAAAAACAAAGCAAGCGCUUAGCCUGACUGCGCAGCACGUCAACGGUUUGUGGGAUGCGCAGGUCUGACCAUCUGCGGCAACUCUGCAUCAAAUCCGAAAGCAAGCCAUGCGGAUUUGGUGAGAAAACGCAGAGAAAUCCGCAUGGAAAUCCAUGAGGAAUUUCUGUUCUCAAACCCGCGCUGGUGUGCAGGUAGUCUUAGGGUAGGUUUUAGGGCCCAUGGACACAAACGUAUUUGUUUUCCGUGUCCAUUCCGUUUUUUGUUUUUUUGCUGCCCGUAGGCAGAACCAUUCACUUCAAUGGGUCCGUGAAAAAAAAAAAAAGAGAUUACUCCGUGUGUGUAUUCCGUUUCCGUAUAUCCAUUCUGCACAAAGGAUAGAACAUGCCCUAUCCUUGUCUGUUUUGCGGACAAGGAUAGGUAUUGUUACAAUGCAUCCACACACAAAAAGGGUGCAAUACGGAUGUCAUCCGUAUUUUUUGAGGAUCCGUGUUUUGUGGACUGCCAAAUACAUACGGUCGUGUGCAUGAGCCCUUAGGAAAAGUUUUUGGGAGCAGGUUUAUCAGCCACAGCCAGAAGUGGAUUCGAAAAAGGAAUCAGAAAUAUAAAGGAAGGAUUUAGGCUAGGUCUACGCGACGACAUUUGUCACGCGACUUAUACACUGCGACAUUUGUCACGUGACAUUUUGUCGCACCAAUGUCGCGCAACAAUUUUUUAUCCUGAUAGUCUAUGCAAGAUGCGACAUGCUGCGACGGGACAGUCGCAGAAAAAUCCAUCUCAAAUUGAUUUUUUGCGAGUGUCACAGUCGCAGCAUGUCGCAUCUUGCAGUGCGACACCAUAGACUAUCAGUAUAAAAAUUGCAGCGCGACAUUGGUGCGACAAAAUGUCAUCGCGCAGACCUAGCCUUACACUUCUCCUUCCCGCUGGAUCCACUUCUGCCUUUGGCUGAAAAACCUGCAGGAAAAUCUGCCUCAAAACCUGCUCCAAAAAACGUAGUGUGAACUUACCCUUUGAGUUCUCCUUCCUGCUGGAUCUAGUAUGGGUUUGGCUAAAAAUAAAACUGCACUGAAGUUUAAACCCCCCCCAAAUACUGCGCGUGAAACCACGUAUCAGAACGUUCCCCUAAUGGCUCAGAUGGCAUGGCCUCCCUGGUACUGUUAGCAGGUCACCUGCAGCCACCGGUCAUACGAUGUCCUGCCUUCCCCUGUACACGUGUUGUAUGUCCUACUAACUGCAUGUAGUUUCCGGUGUGAGGUUUGGGUUUGACACUUCCUGGUUGAGGGAAGGAGUGACAUGGUAACUUUGAAAGGUGCUCUGUGACCGGCAGACACCUGAAGUAGCCAUACACCUGUGCACUUUAUCCUCGUCAUGACUGCUCGGGGCAGGCGGUGUGAUAUGAAGGGGUAUGUUGGCAUCUCCUUGCCCUAAUGUGUUUUUUUUUUUACAUUUUUGAUUUUAUUUUAAUUCUUCAGUAUCUGACGUGUUAACCAAUACAGUGUGAUUAACAAAAAGUGCAAUCUAAAAGAUGCCAAAAGUUUUGGCGCCUCUGCGUUUUGGUUUUUAAUUCGCAGACUUUACAAAACUUUAGGAUGACUUUUGUCCUUCCAUGUGUUCACGUUAAAAAGUCCACGCUGAGGUGCGCGCCGUUCUGACAGCGCGCGCACCCUUCGAGAAGGUACACUUUGUGAUUGGUAGGAGAGAGGCUAAUUUAUUUAAUGUAUGUAUAUACAGGCUGUAUGUUAGGAAGCAUGCCCUUGUCUCAAACAGUGUUCUUGGUGCCUUGUGUAAUGUGGACCAGUGUCCCCGAUGUCUGCAUGUAUAUAUAGGUUGCCUUAUCAAUGAGAAAUACGGUCCCAUACCACUCAUAGAGCUGUACAUAACUGCCAGUUAAUAUUUGGGAUUUUUUUUUCUAGAAUCUAUAUUUUUGUACGCACUGUUUGGUGACUCAAAAGUGUUCACUUUGUAGUACGGAUUUUUCAAUAUGUACGGGCAAAUCGUACGGUUGGGCCUGGACUAUGUACACAUAACUCAAAAGACUUUAAAAGGUAGUGUUAACUUUAUUAAAAAAACAAAAAACAAACAAAAAAAACAGCCGCUAACUGGAAAUUACAGAUUGAGAUGUACUCAGAGGCUGUCUGUAAAUAAACACUUUUCA